CUAUCCCCAAGCGAGUAGCUAAGAUAAGAGCCUCGCACGCGUCCGAUAAGCACGAAAGACGCGUCGAAUGUUCGCCCUUCGGUUGAACUUCGCUUGCCACCAGCCCUUUGACGUUGACUGUUGACCACAGACGACGGGCCGAGAUCAAGUCCGCAAGACGGAAAUGGCUCUCGUUGCAUCUCCUCCCCUGCCCUCUAUGGAUGUGGUGAUGAGUGACUCUCCAGACGACGAGAUUGCCCAAGUCAGAGCUGAAAUCAAAAAACUCACCCGACAGCGCAAACUCCUCACGUCUACUCUUCUUGCCUCAACGAAAGCCCAGUCGCGUCUCUCAAACCACUAUCCGGCUCCAAGCGCACCCUCAAACAGCAAUAAUCCUCAACAAUUGAAUGAUCUACAACAAAAUUCCCACACCAACGCCCACCGACUCGCCUUUGGAGUGACCUCGUUUCCUUUCCACGACCCUUCACCCGAGCUUCGGCCAUGGAACCCGCUACUUGGAAUAAGGAUUGACAUCUGCAAUCGCAAAGGUGUUUUCGAUAGCCCGUAUUACAUGUUCUGCGUUCGGGCUAGAGACACAGGGGAUGAGCUGCGGAUCCAUCGACAUACGAUUCCCGCGCUGGUGCCACUAGAGCAGUAUGAAAAGCAAUACCUCCCAAUCUCGUAUUUAGACGACGAAGGAUACGGCGGUUCAGAAGACUCACGACUCAACGCCAACGAACGCGAAACGACAACGAAACAGGAUCUUCAUAGCCUCGUUUCCCGGGUCAGAUAUGAUCUUGUGAGCUGGCGGUUGAGGCAAGAUGUAACAGAAUGGCUACGAGAAGAAUUGGCAAUCCCAGACUCUUCCGCUCAACCUGCGAGCUCUUCCAAGGAUCAAACAGAAGGGGCCAAAGAGGACACCGACAUGAAACAGGGCGACGGGGAUCUGCGCUCUACUGAAAUCAGUUCUUACAUUGAAAGUGAAGAUAAUGACCCGGAACGCGAAUCCGAGGAAGAAGACGGUGAAGAGGAGGAAAUCACCGGAAAAUUCAAUGUGCACUCUCUCGCCAGUCUAGAGGUCGACGCGCGACAACUCCGCAUCAUCUGGUCCGAUGACCGCGUGGGCCGGAUCAAGAUCUCCGACGACGGGAAGGUGGAAAAGGCAGUUGUGAUUGGGUUAGAUGGCAACAGGGUCAAGGACGUGGAGAGGAUCCUGAUAGGCGACGGCGAGGGGAGCGUUAGCCUUUAUGAUUUGGUGGGUCGAUUGGAGGAGGUUUAUAAGAGAUCGCUGAGAAAUGAAGACCCUGACCGGGAUGAGCGAGGAGGGGAAAGGACAAGGACGGCGCGAGGGCCAUGAAGUUCCUGCACCACGAAACGAAACAUGAUCGGCAUUGCCAUUUAUAUGGGACGAAGACGGUACGAUGAUCACCAGCUCACGAAACACGAUGAAAGAGAACAUGGUUUCCAAGUUAGUUCUAUUGUCAGAAAUCUUUUUCUGAUAUCCCCGGUCACCUAAUCCAAGAUUACAAAGGCCGACUCACCAUCCCGAUGUUGGCUCUUAUACCAACGUGGAGAACUUCUGGCCAGAUACUGUUGCAUCACCCUCGAAUUGACUUCCCAGCUUAACGGCCUAUGACUGUUGGUCGUUCUGUCCGAAGCUUCUAAUCUUUGGUUAAAUAGAGGCUACGAGACACAAGCUCCCAAUCCAAGGCAAAAGAGAUUGAGGGCGGAUGGCCCAAAGAAUCCUGCCAAAAACACCUGAGGGAAAUGAAUACGGGAUGUGCAAGGCCAUCACAAGGAUCAUCAACGAUAUUUGACUCCUUCUCGUGCACUUGCUCGUGUUAUCUUAACAAAGAGGCCAUAUGUGCUGUAAACUGUGCCUCAAGGGGUGUUAAAUCUGGCCUCACUAGGCCGAAUCGAGUGCGUAUAGAAGCAAGACAUGUAUUCGCC